GGUCACGUGCUAUGGGGACCGCAGCGUGGCGGCGGCUGUGGCAGUAGCGACGGCGGGCCGUAGGGCGACCGGAAGGUUUCCGGUUCCGGUGUAACGUUCGGGCUCCGUCUCAGGGGCUGAAGUUUGUGAGGUGUAGUAUUUCGUCCCAUUUGAGCUGUCAUUCUCCUUCCCCCCCAAAAUGGCGCUGUCUAAGCGGGAGCUGGAUGAGCUGAAGCCAUGGAUAGAGAAGACAGUGAAGAGAGUGCUGGGCUUCUCAGAGCCCACGGUGGUCACGGCGGCGUUGAACUGUGUGGGGAAGGGCAUGGAUAAGAAGAAGGCGGCUGAUCACCUGAAACCUUUUCUUGAUGACUCUACUCUCCGAUUUGUGGAUAAGCUGUUUGAGGCUGUGGAGGAAGGCCGAAGCUCUAGACAUUCCAAGUCUAGCAGUGACAGGAGCAGAAAACGAGAAUUAAAGGAGGUGUUUGGUGAUGACUCUGAGAUCUCAAAGGAAUCGUCAGGGGUAAAGAAGCGGCGAAUACCCCGUUUUGAGGAAGUAGAAGAGGAGCCAGAGGUGAUCCCUGGGCCUCCAUCAGAAAGCCCUGGCAUGCUAACAAAGCUCCAGAUCAAACAGAUGAUGGAGGCAGCGACACGACAGAUUGAGGAGAGGAAAAAACAGCUGAGCUUCAUCAGCCCCCCUACACCUCAGCCAAAGACACCUUCUUCUUCCCAACCAGAGCGACUUCCAAUUGGCAACACUAUUCAGCCCUCCCAGGCCGCUACUUUUAUGAAUGAUGCCAUUGAGAAGGCAAGGAAAGCAGCUGAACUACAAGCCCGAAUCCAAGCCCAGCUGGCUUUGAAGCCAGGGCUUAUUGGUAAUGCCAACAUGGUGGGCCUGGCUAAUCUCCAUGCCAUGGGCAUAGCUCCACCGAAAGUAGAGUUAAAGGAUCAAACUAAACCUACACCCCUGAUCCUGGAUGAGCAAGGUCGGACUGUAGAUGCAACAGGCAAGGAGAUCGAGCUGACACAUCGGAUGCCCACCCUCAAGGCGAAUAUUCGAGCUGUCAAGAGGGAACAGUUCAAGCAGCAACUCAAAGAGAAGCCAUCAGAAGACAUGGAAUCUAAUACCUUUUUUGACCCCCGAGUUUCAAUUGCCCCUUCCCAGCGCCAAAGACGCACUUUUAAAUUCCAUGACAAGGGCAAAUUUGAAAAGAUUGCUCAACGAUUACGGACAAAGGCUCAGUUGGAGAAGCUGCAAGCAGAGAUUUCACAGGCUGCUAGAAAAACAGGCAUUCAUACUUCGACUAGGCUUGCCCUCAUUGCUCCUAAGAAGGAGCUAAAGGAAGGCGAUAUCCCUGAAAUUGAGUGGUGGGACUCUUACAUCAUACCCAAUGGCUUUGACCUUACAGAGGAAAAUCCCAAGAGAGAAGAUUAUUUUGGAAUCACAAAUCUUGUUGAACAUCCAGCCCAGCUUAACCCUCCAGUCGACAACGAUACACCAGUUACCCUUGGGGUCUAUCUUACAAAAAAGGAACAGAAGAAACUUCGGAGGCAAACGAGGAGGGAAGCACAAAAGGAGCUACAGGAGAAAGUCAGGCUAGGUCUGAUGCCUCCUCCAGAACCCAAAGUGAGAAUCUCAAAUUUAAUGCGAGUAUUAGGAACAGAAGCAGUCCAAGACCCUACGAAGGUAGAAGCUCACGUCAGAGCUCAGAUGGCAAAGAGACAGAAAGCGCACGAAGAGGCCAACGCUGCCCGGAAACUUACAGCAGAACAGAGAAAGGUCAAGAAAAUUAAAAAGCUUAAAGAAGACAUUUCACAGGGGGUGCACAUAUCUGUGUAUAGAGUUCGAAAUUUGAGCAACCCAGCCAAGAAGUUCAAGAUUGAGGCCAAUGCUGGGCAGCUGUACCUGACAGGGGUGGUGGUGCUGCACAAGGAUGUCAACGUGGUGGUAGUAGAAGGGGGCCCCAAGGCCCAGAAGAAGUUUAAGCGUCUCAUGCUACAUCGGAUAAAGUGGGAUGAACAGACAUCUAACACGAAGGGAGAUGAUGAUGAGGAAUCUGAUGAAGAAGCUGUGAAGAAAACCAACAAAUGUGUGCUAGUAUGGGAGGGUACAGCCAAAGACCGGAGCUUUGGAGAGAUGAAGUUUAAACAGUGCCCUACAGAGAACAUGGCUCGUGAGCAUUUCAAAAAGCAUGGGGCCGAACACUACUGGGACCUUGCACUGAGUGAAUCUGUGUUGGAGUCCACUGACUGAGACUACUGCUAGCCCUAGAUCUCCUUCGCCUUCGUCUCUUCCGUCUUCCCACUUCCCAACCUUCCCUCACCUUGUGUGAUCUCAGAACUGUGCCAGGCAGUCGCUGGGGCAAAGAGACUACCUUGUUUACCCAGUCAGCCUGGCGCUACCCCUCAUCCUUAUGUGCAUAUGAUUAAAGAGUUAUUUUUAAA